CCGCUCGCUGCGGUCGCUUCAAUCAUGGAGAGGCGUUUUGUCAACACAGCUGAGUUGAAAACACCGGAGUGUUUUGCGAUCUCGGUGUUCUGUGCCACGAAUGUCAGCGCAUAGAUUCUGAUGUUGCUUGCGUAAGAACAGGCCAAAAAGUCAUGGUCAGCUUGGCAGAUCACGAGACGUUCGAGGCCUCCAUGGCAGACAGUGUGAACUUCAUGUACAAGGAUGCAACACCCCUCGUGAACCCGGUCUCAGCACCUGAACUUGAGCCACCUUUCAGGAUUGUUACAAGCUCGGUGGCUAUUGCUUUUCAGGGUCUCAGUCUCGUUGCCGUGGCUGCAUUGAGCUUCUUGUUGCCCCUUCUAUCCAGUGAAAAUAGCCGUUCCCCCACUGAUGCCUACUCGGUUGUCUUGUAUGCACACGUCUGCCUGUGGGCGGUCAUGAUGCUGCUAGACUGCUACUUGCGCCACCAACACAACAUUCUUCACUGUAGUGGAUACAUAUACUACUACCAGCUGACCAGGCGCCUUCGCCGAGCAAACGUGUACAUUGUUUCAGCAGGAAGCACAAUGCUCCUCUUAUUGUCCGUGCUUGUUGACAACUACUGCCACGAUCGGGGUGCUUGUCCCGGUUCUCCUCUGAAGCCUGUCCACUACAUCCAAAUUCUCGUCGCACUUGAGACGCUCCUGGCCUUGCCUUUUCUGGUCAAGUACUUUGUGAUGACGCUGAACUUCCACAAGAACAAGCACAAGAUGGCUUCUCUUCAUGAUGAGCUUCUUCUCAGCUUCAUGCAUUCGCAGUCAUCUGUUGGUGAUCUGGGUUUUCGGGAUGACACCUAUUUUGAAGAUGUCUUGGAGAAGCAGUCAGACAUGAUCCGCUACUUGAAGAAAUACAACGCAUUUCUCGGACGAAAGAUACUAAAUCUCAGCGUUGAACUGAACAAUUUCAGGUCACAUGCAUCUUGUUGAGAAUCUUGGCAGCAUUACGGUGCGUGUGUAUAAGUGUGUGUCUGUGUUAUGCUUUACUGCAGGACUGUUUGUUUUAAACUUUUUUCAAGGAUUUUAUUGAUAUUAUUAAAGAUGACACAUUGUUUAAAA